AUGCUUGGUAAUUUGGAUAGCAUCACAUUGGACAUGGACCAAACUCCUCCAAAUCAAGACACUGGUGCGAGUAACAUCCGAGUAAAGGUUAUGCAACGAGAACAUUUGUGGAGUCGCCUUCAAAGUACACGCAAUGAAAUCUCCGAAUUCCCCAAUAUGUCCGAGUCAGAGUUGAAGGUCAAAGCGGACAUGUUAGAGCGACAGUACAACACUCUCGAAAAAAUACAGUCCGCGUUAGAAGAACUAGACGAGUCGCAGUUUGGCUUCAAUCAUCGAGUAGAAUUUGAAGCGGCGUAUUUCACCAUAAAAAGCGCAAUCACCACUAGACUAGCGGCGCCAAAUAUUGAUCACCUAAGCAGCACCCGCAUUAACUCUUCGCAAAUUCAUCGCAAGGUAAACCUGCCAAAAUUACAACUAUCUAAAUUUAGUGGGCGCCACACAGACUGGUUAGAUUUUUAUAAUAUGUUCCUCGCAUUGGUUCAUAAUAAUGCUGAUUUAACUGACAUCGAGAGAUUUCAGUAUUUGCGCUCAUGUCUCACAGACGGCGCGGCACGGCUAAUUCAGUCAUUAGAAGUUACACCAGCCAAUUAUCAAAGGGCGAUUGAUCUCAUCGUGGGUAGAUUUGACAACAAGCGGUUUAUAUUUCAAUCGCAUUUAUCAACAAUUUUUGAUGUGCAAAAGGUCACCAAGCCGAGUGUGUCAAGUCUACGCGAAUUCAUCGAUAGCAUUAAUGCUAAUCUGCGCGCCAUGCAAUCGCUGGCGACCACCAUUCAAAUUGCUGAUGGAAUAAUUCUUCACCUAGUAACGUCUAAGCUAGACGAAAAUACGCGAAGCAAAUGGGAAGAAGAAGUGGCUGCUAAAUUUGAUCGAAAGUCAGUACCCACCUUGCAGCUUCCAACAUGGAACGAUUUGGCAGAUUUUCUCGAACGCCGAUGCCAAACGUUCAAUAUCAUUGAAUCCAAUCAAUCAAGCUCAAAUCGGUCCGCCAGUCACAAAAAUCCUACAUCGAAACCAUAUUCAUCGAAACAGCUCUCUUUCACCACCACAACUGCGUCGUCGAAAUGCCCACUUUGUGAAACAAGGCCAUAUCAUAACGCAUUCAAUUGUGCCAAGUUCAUGAAAAUGGAUCCUCUUGAGCGGUACAAUUUUAUUAAACGGUUAAAAUUAUGUCUCAAUUGCUUUGGUUUCAACCACUCGUCGAAUCAAUGCCCAUCACUUCGUCGGUGCCAGCACUGUCGUGCGAGCCACCACACUUUGCUGCAUCGCACAUAUGGUAGCAAGGCAGACGACAACAACAAAAGGGAAGAUGGGAAUGCUGAGAAAUCAACAACGCUACAGGCUGGUAUCGUUACAGGUGAAGUCAUUCUCGCUACAGCUCUAGUUCGUUUAUGUAACACUGCGGGAAGCUCUCUCAUGGCACGUGUGUUGUUGGACUCAGGUUCUCAGCUCCAUUUUGUCACCGAAAGAAUUGCACAGCAUCUUCGGUUACCGCGCAAAAAGCGCAGCAUAGAGGUAACGGGCAUUGGAUCUACAACAACGAAAACGCAGCAAGUAUGCUGUGUUGUACUAAAAUCGCGCCAUACAGCAUUUUCGUCGACUUUGGAAGCGGUUAUCAUACCAACAAUAACUUCGUGUCAACCCAGCAAUCGUGUCAGCGUUGAGAAAUGGAAUUUGCCUAACAACAUAAAGUUGGCAGAUGAACAGUUCUACGAGCCAGCAACGAUCGAUUGUCUUAUUGGAGCAGCGUUGUUUUAUGAUUUGCUUCUCGUCGGUCAAAUCAAGAUGCGCAACAAUUCGCCGGUUCUGCAGAAAACUAAACUCGGUUGGAUAGUUUCUGGUAUCGCUAACUCAUCUGCACCAAUAGCUUCAUCACCAAAAACCUCAUCGUUGAAUAAAUCAUCGGCCUAUAUGGCAUUUCUCACCAUGUCCGAAGAACCAGUUCUCGAUCAGCUGUUGCAAACCUUUUGGGCAUUGGAAGAACACCACACCAAUUCAUCAACGUCAGUUUCGGCAGAGGAGCAAGCAUGUGAAGAUCUCUUUGAAACAACCACAACCAGAUGUCCAAAAACCAACCAAUUCAUCGUUCGCUUACCGUUUAAAGAAGACCCCAGCAGCCUAGGGCAAUCAUAUGAAGCUGCUUUCAAAAGGUUGGUAUCUCUUGAGUAUAAAUUUUCUCGCAAUCCCGCACUCGUCAACACAUAUCGUGAAUUCAUGAACGAAUAUAUUAACAUGGGGCAUAUGACACUGCUUAAUAACCCCGAAGAGGCUCGUAAUUUUAUCCCCCACCACUGCGUCACAAAGGCGGACAGCAGCACCACAAAACUCCGUGUGGUCUUCGAUGCGUCGUGCCGAACUUCGAAUGGGAAGUCUUUGAACGACAUAUUGCUCGUCGGUCCGACGCUACAGGACGAUAUUUUCACAAUCCUGCUUCGCUUUAGAGCUUACAAAUACGUGUUAAUGGCUGACAUCGCUAAAAUGUACCGCCAGGUACAAAUGAACUCAGCUGACUCUCCUUGGCAGUGCAUUUUGUGGCGAGAAUCACCGAACACUUCUGUGCAAGUGUACAAGCUGCAGACCGUCACAUAUGGUACAAGCAGCGCACCAUAUCUCGCCACAAAGGCUCUACAACAGUUGGCAAAGGACGAGGCAAAAUCGCUACCAAUUGGUUCAGUUGUUACGCUCAGAGAUUUUUACGUCGAUAAUCUCAUGACAGGUGGCGCUACCACUGAUGAAGUCGUCGAAAUUAAACAGCAAGUUGUUGAGUUGCUUAAACAUGGGGGCUUUCCCCUACGAAAAUUCGCCACUAAUGACAAUUCCAUCAUCUCUGACAUUCCUCAAGCUGACCGUGAAGAAAUCGUACAACUCGGUGACGUAGACUACAUUAAAACACUUGGGUUGAAAUGGUCACCAUCGAGCGAUAACUUCGUGUUCAGCUACACCGAAUCAUCGUCGUCUUCGAAAACAACAAAAAGAGCGAUUUUAUCCCAAAUUGCAAGCUUCUUGGAUCCACUUGGAUUAUUGAACCCUAUAAUAGUUUCAUGCAAAAUAUUAAUGCAGCAUCUAUGGGCACUGAAACUAGAUUGGGAUGAAAGUGUCCCACAAGAUGUUUACACCCAAUGGCAAGAUUUUCGUCGGCAUCUAUCUCUGGUUCAAAAAAUCCAAAUUCCAAGGUAUGUACCUUUCAACACCGCUACUGAAAUUCAUGCCUUUGCAGAUGCCAGCACGAAGGCUUACGGCGCCUGCAUCUACAUGGUCACACGCGAUUCUAAUGGUACGACGUCAUCGUUGCUGUCCGCUAAGUCUCGUGUAGCUCCAAAGAAGGAA